AGCCCUUUUCAUCUAGCGGCUAAGCUUCUUCUUGAUUUUAACCACUUCCAUGGCUGAUGCUUUGGAGUGUACUGCGGGGAUCGCGCGGUAGCGGUUUCCGAAUUAUCGCUAGGGUUUUCGCUCUAUGCCGGCAAUGGCGUCGGGUGGUAGUUGGCGGGAUUCUUAUAGGGGCAUGUCCUCUGACAACAUAAAGGGUUUGGUGCUUGCGCUGUCUUCCAGCUUUUUCAUUGGGGCCAGCUUCAUCGUUAAGAAGAAGGGAUUGAAGAAGGCCAGUGCUUCUGGUGUUAGAGCAGGAGCUGGUGGCUAUUCUUACUUGUAUGAGCCGCUAUGGUGGGCAGGCAUGAUAGCAAUGGUUGUGGGGGAAGUGGCUAAUUUUGCAGCUUAUGCCUUUGCUCCUGCAAUACUGGUGACUCCUCUUGGUGCCCUUAGCAUAAUCAUCAGUGCUGCACUUGCUCAUAUAAUCUUGCGAGAGAAGUUGCAUAUUUUUGGAAUCUUGGGCUGUGCUCUUUGUGUUGUGGGGUCCAUAACAAUUGUUCUCCAUGCUCCUCAAGAGCGUGAAAUUGAUUCGGUUAAGGAAGUGUGGGAUCUUGCUACAGAACCAGCAUUUCUUUUCUAUUCAGCUGCAGUUAUGGUGACAGUCUUUGUAAUUGUAGUCCAUUUUAUCCCUCAGUAUGGACAGACACAUGUCAUGGCAUAUAUUGGUGUCUGCUCUCUUAUUGGUUCACUUUCGGUAAUGGGUGUGAAAGCUCUUGGAAUAGCUUUAAAGUUGACCUUUUCAGGCACAAAUCAGUUAAUAUAUCCACAAACCUGGUUUUUUGCAAUAGUAGUUGUUUUCUGUGUUGUUACCCAGAUGAACUAUCUUAACAAGGCACUUGAUACGUUCAAUACUGCAGUUGUUUCUCCAAUAUACUAUGUCAUGUUUACAUCCUUAACUAUUUUGGCAAGUGUAAUAAUGUUCAAGGACUGGGAUCGGCAAAAUCCAACACAAAUAGUCACAGAGAUGUGUGGCUUUGUGACAAUUCUCUCCGGUACUUUUCUGCUUCACAAAACGAAGGACAUGGUUGAUGGUCAUGCAUCUUCUCUUCCACUUCGAAACCCCAAGCAUGCGAAUGAAUCUGGCUAUCAGAACGAAGCCAUUCCUCUCAGGUUUCAGGAACCUUACCGCUCACCCUGAAACUGGUUGUCUUUUUGUUUAUUCUUCCAUCUUUUUCUCAGAAUUGUGAAUGCCAUCAAUUUUCAUGUUCUCUUAAGAUAUACUUACUUUUCGUACGUGCUGGCCAUUUUUAUAUUUUCCGGCUGCGUAAUUGUUUAUCUGAUGGGAGCUAGGGCUUUUAGAUCAUACGACAGAGCAGUGGGGGGUAUGAGAUGUGGGUAGAUAAUUGGCAGGGAUGAUAGUUGUGAUAUAGAUCAAUGUUUUUGUUUUUUUGAUUGCUAGAAUGGAAAAUUACCUGCUUUUGUGUUUUAA